GGUGGUAAGACGUUGACCCGGUGAGAGUGUCCGCUGCCUUCCAUCGGUGUUACGGCUCAUGGUGUUAAACGUGCACUCUUCCCACUAAAACCGUCUCUGUGCUCUUUCCCUUUUGACACACCUUUUGUUGUCUCAUUUAGCUUGAGGCUGCUAACACAUGCUAGCAAGCAUCAUACGCGUCGACUACCCGACAGCAGUGCAGCAAAGCCGGGGCGUAAAAAGUUAACAGUCAGACGAGGGAGCCGAUAAUUGACACCCUGCCAGGAUGAGUGGGGAUGACGUGAACCCAGCUGCAGUCCCUCAGCCUGUAGAAGAUGUUCAAGGAGAUGGACGGUGGUUGUCACAGCACUCAAGGUUUGUACAGGAGUGCAAGGAUGCUGAGCCAGAUGUGCUUUUUGUGGGGGAUUCCAUGGUGCAACUAAUGCAGCAGUAUGAGGUGUGGAGGGAGUUGUUCUCUCCUCUUCAUGCGCUUAACUUUGGCAUUGGCGGGGACACCACCUGUAAUGUACUGUGGAGGCUGCAGAACGGAGAGCUGGAGAACAUUCGUCCCAAGGUGGUGGUGUUGUGGGUAGGAACCAACAAUUAUGAACACACAGCAGAGCAGGUUGCAGGAGGAAUUCUUGCCAUUGCAGAACUGCUCACUUCCCGCCUCCCAAAGGCAAAGAUAGUUGUCCUGGGUUUGCUGCCUCGAGGGGAACGGCCCAAUCCACUCAGGGAGAAGAAUGCUGCUGUUAACACUCAUCUGCGCUCUUGGCUGCCGCAGCUGAGCCAGGCUCAGUUCUUGGAUGUGAGCAGGGAGUUUGUCCACUCUGAUGGAACCAUCAGCCUUCAGGACAUGUUUGACUUCCUUCACCUUACAUCGGCAGGUUACAACAGCGUGGCCAAGCCCCUCAGCGACCUGCUGCUGCAGAUACUUGAGGAGACACCAGAGGAGAGACGGGCGUCGCUGGUUUGAGGGCUGUGGCCACGAAGCACAUUUCUCCAGAGGCAUGUCUCAUCUGCUGCUGUUGCUGUUGCUGCUGCUGCUGCUGCUGUAGGGGAGACAUGCCCCUGGUACCUGAAGGAGGAAGGGCUCACUCUCAGGGGGAUGAGGAAACCUGAUGUGAGUGGGCCCACGUGGGGCGUCGGAUCACACAUUCACGAGCGGAGGGUUGGGAGUGGAGAGGUGCUGAAGAGGGAGAGAGAGACCUCAUUACAGAUGUAGACACUGUGAUUGCAGCAGUAAUGUGAAAAUGAUACACCAAGGUCAUGUAACUCUUCAUUUUAGACAGAUUUAAUGAGAUCAUGAGGGACUGCAGUGGCACAUGCACACAACUUAAUCUUGGCCU